UUAACACGUAGAUCUUUCCCUGGGACACUUUGUUGAAAGGAUCAGCAUACAUCUCAUUGGCCUCAAAAUAAUCCCAAAUUAGUGGAGUUGUUCCAAACAAGACUACACUUGACUCACUGAGCCUGGAACAAUUGAACACCACAUACCAAGAGUGACAUCGGGUUAAAAAAAGUAAAUAAAACUACAGUUUGGAUCUUUUCCUGCCUUGGAAGCAAGAAAAAUGGAAAACUGAUAAUCAAAGGUUAAAAUCCACCCUGGGGUCCACUGAAGCCACCAGAGGGUCUGCCUGUCUGCUGCAGAGAAUUGCUGAGUGAAUGACAAAGACGCUACAAACGGUUUUUGCCCAAGACGGGUCUGGAACCUAACUCCUGGGGGUCCAUGACCCCCGCGGUUGCCUCCCAUCAGCGAUGAAAGGGUUAUCGGGCAGCCGCAGCCAUCACCACGGGGUCACCUGUGACUCCACCUGUGACUCGCUGUCGCACCACUCAGACCGCAAGCCGUACCUGCUGAGCCCGGUGGAGCACCACCCCGCGGACCACCCUUACUACACGCAGCGCAACUCCUUCCAGGCCGAGUGCUUGGGCCCCUUCAGCGACCCGCUGGCCAGCAGCACCUUCCCCCGCAGGCACUACACCUCGCAGCAGGAGCUGAAGGACGAGUGCGCCCUGGUGCCCCGCACCCUGGCCGCCAAGGCGAACCGCAUCCCAGCCAACCUGCUGGACCAGUUCGAGCGGCAGCUGCCCCUGCACCGUGAUGGCUACCACACGCUGCAGUACAAGCGCACGGCCUUGGAGCACCGCAGCGACAGCCCCGGCCGCAUCAGGCACCUGGUGCACUCGGUGCAGAAGCUCUUCACCAAGUCGCAUUCCCUGGAGGGGCCGUCCAAGGGCAGCGUCAACGGGGGCAAGGCCAGCCCAGACGAGUCGCAGACGGUGAGAUACGGCAAGCGCAGCAAGAGCAAGGAGCGGCGCGCCGAGCCCAAGGCACGCGCCAACGCCUCCCCGGGCUGGUGGAGCUCGGACGACAACCUCGACGGCGACAUGUGCAUCUACCACGCGCCCUCGGCCGUGAUGACCAUGGGCCGCUGCCCCGACCGCUCGGCCUCGCAGUACUUCAUGGAGGCCUACAACACCAUCAGCGAGCAGGCGGUCAAGGCCUCCCGGAGUAACAACGAUGUCAAGUGCUCCACCUGCUCCAACCUGCCGGUCAACCUGGAUGCCCCGCUCCUGAAGAAGAGCGCCUGGUCCUCCACACUGACCGUGAGCAGAGCCCGGGAGGUUUACCAGAAAGCCUCGGUCAACAUGGACCAGGCCAUGGUGAAGUCCGAGUCGUGUCAGCAAGAACGUUCCUGCCAGUACCUGCAGGUUCCUCAAGACGAAUGGUCAGGGUACACCCCUCGAGGUAAAGACGAUGAAAUUCCAUGCCGAAGAAUGCGGAGUGGCAGCUAUAUCAAGGCUAUGGGGGAUGAAGACAGUGGUGACUCAGACACGAGUCCCAAGCCUUCUCCCAAAGUCGCUGCACGAAGAGAAAGCUAUCUCAAGGCUACUCAGCCAUCCCUUACAGAACUCACCACACUCAAGAUCUCCAAUGAGCAUUCACCCAAACUCCAGAUCCGGAGUCACAGUUACCUGAGGGCAGUAAGUGAAGUCUCUAUCAACCGAAGCCUGGAUGGCCUUGACCCUGCAGGCUUACUCACGUCCCCCAAGUUCCGCUCCAGGAACGAGAGCUACAUGCGGGCCAUGAGCACCAUCAGCCAGGUGAGCGAGAUGGAAGUGAACGGGCAGUUCGAGUCCGUGUGCGAAUCCGUGUUCAGCGAGCUGGAGUCGCAGGCGGUGGAGGCGCUGGACCUGCCCAUGCCCGGCUGCUUCCGCAUGCGGAGCCACAGCUACGUGCGGGCCAUCGAGAAAGGCUGCUCCCAGGACGACGAGUGCGUGUCCCUGCGGUCGUCGUCCCCACCACGCACCACCACCACCGUGAGGACCAUCCAGAGCAGCACGGGUGUCAUAAAACUGAGUUCUGCAGUUGAAGUGUCAUCUUGCAUUACAACAUAUAAGAAGACACCACCUCCAGUCCCACCCAGAACUACCACGAAACCUUUCAUUUCUAUCACAGCCCAGAGUAGCACAGAAUCUGCCCAGGACGCCUACAUGGACGGACAGGGCCAGCGCGGAGAUAUUGUCAGCCAGUCUGGACUCAGCAACUCCACAGAGAGCCUGGACAGUAUGAAGGCUCUGACAGCUGCCAUCGAAGCUGCCAACGCCCAGAUCCACGGCCCAGCGAGUCAACACAUGGGCAAUAACACCGCCACCGUCACCACCACCACCACCAUAGCCACGGUCACCACGGAGGACCGGAAGAAGGACCACUUUAAGAAAAACAGAUGCCUGUCUAUCGGGAUACAGGUGGAUGAUGCUGAAGAACCUGAAAAAAUAGGGGAGAACAAAGCGCCCAGUAAGUUCCAGUCCGUGGGAGUGCAAGUGGAGGAAGAGAAGUGCUUCCGCAGGUUCACGAGAUCCAACAGUGUGACGACAGCAGUACAGGCUGACCUGGACUUCCAUGAUAAUCUGGAAAAUUCCCUGGAAUCUAUAGAGGACAAUUCAUGUCCUGGCCCAAUGGCCAGGCAGUUCUCCCGGGAUGCCAGCACUUCCACGGUCAGCAUUCAGGGCUCAGGAAACCAUUACCACGCCUGUGCAGCCGAUGAUGACUUUGACGCGGAUUUUGACCCCUCUAUUCUGCCUCCUCCGGACCCCUGGAUUGACUCUAUCACAGAAGACCCUCUGGAGGCCGUGCAGAGGUCAGUGUGCCACAGGGACGGCCACUGGUUUCUGAAGCUUCUCCAAGCAGAGCGAGAGCGCAUGGAAGGGUGGUGCCAGCAGAUGGAGAGGGAAGAACGGGAAAACAGCCUGCCGGAAGACAUUCUAGGGAAAAUCCGAACCGCAGUGGGCAGUGCCCAACUUCUCAUGGCCCAGAAAUUCUACCAGUUCAGAGAACUGUGUGAAGAAAACCUGAAUCCUAAUGCUCAUCCAAGGCCCACCUCCCAGGAUUUGGCGGGGUUUUGGGACAUGCUGCAGUUGUCCAUAGAAAAUAUUAGUAUGAAAUUUGAUGAACUUCAUCAGUUAAAGGCCAAUAAUUGGAAACAGAUGGAUCCCCUUGACAAGAAGGAGCGAAGGGCCCCUCCUCCAGUGCCAAAGAAGCCGGCGAAGGGCCCCGCGCCGCUGAUCCGGGAGCGCUCGCUGGAGAGCUCGCAGCGCCAGGAGGCCCGCAAGCGCCUGAUGGCCGCCAAGCGCGCCGCGUCCGUCCGCCAGAACUCGGCCACCGAGAGCGCCGAAAGCAUCGAGAUCUACAUCCCCGAGGCGCAGACCCGGCUCUGAGCGCCGCCCGGCCAAGCCCCUGUCCCCCAGUCCUGCCCUCCGCCCUCUGCGGUCCCUCCCGCCCGGCCCCUCCGCGCGCGCCAGUCUCUGCGCUCGGUGACUCUGCCACUGUCCGUCUCCACCGGCCGCCGCCGGCCCUCCCCACGCGCCCGGGACCCGCGGGCCCAUCCUCUUCACCGCGCUUCAUCCCCCACCCCCUACCGAUGCUGUCACCCUGCCUCAUAAAAAAACAAAAAACACACACACAAAAAAAACCCCACCCUUUAUUUUCUGGGCAAAGCCAAACCCACCUGUGUAGAAAUGCCACCUUUAGGUCACCCGCCAUCCUCCGUUCUCUUGAGCUAGUCUGUCGCUAGAGCUCAGCAAUAGUAAACCAUAGGGUAUUUCAGAAAUCCAGUAUCACAGGGUGAUCCUUUGGGACUUAACCGUCUUCCACAUGAAAGAAACUAGGGCUCCCUUUCUUUCCCCUAAAUGGUUAUUCUUUUUAAACAAGCAGAUGGGACACUUUUAUUUCCAAUCUCAGAAAUCACCCUCUCACGGGACCAGUGAGUGAGGAAGAGUCUGGCCUGGGUGGCAGGGGGGACCUGGAGAGCAGGAGGAAAGGGAGACCUGCAGGUGCUGGGGGCACCUGCGCCGCUCACAGCUGCACAAACUGCCUCACUGUUAACUUCAUCGAUCACAGCUUCAAAUGUUUCAAUCAGCAGAAGAUUGUAAAUUCGAUCUUUCAGGGAAAUUAAUCCAUUCCGAAAGGCAAUAAAAUGGAGAAAGGCAAGGCAAAGAAAGUGUGAUGGUUUAAGACACAACACAGGGAUUUUUUUGUCCUAUUCCUAAGACAAUUUAGACCUUACAUGCUUUAUCGACUUUUAUUGUACUCUGUAUAUUACAUUGUUGUUGUGGCGGUGGUCGUCCAAGGGGAAAGUGUUAGUUGUGUUAAUUUGCUGGUGCCCAUCCUGGUGGGUCUACCUGAUGACGCGCGUGUCAGUACACAUGUGCUUAGCAAGCGCUGCAAAUGUCUGCUAAAGAUAGGAAGGCUGUUUUCAGAGCAAAGUUUGGGUUUUCCUACCAUCACUUUGAAUGUUACACAUCCGUGCAUUUUACCCAAGUAGUUCAUAGUUCAUAUAUUUUUCUCCUUUAGUCUCUCAUGACUAGACAGAGUCCAGUAAUACCUAGCAUAGGACUUUAUCCUACGUCAAACAGCCAAAAUAAAUCUACCCCAGCAGACAUGCUGUCUCACUCCAGAGAGCUGCCACUGUUAUCUUGAGGCUCUACGUAGUGAGAGAAGAAAUGGGACCCGCCAGGGUCAGCCGCCAUAAGGAAGGGGGAAUAGUCAUGAUUCAUACACCCUGAAAGAAAUCCAGGCUUUUGGCAGAGAUUGUUGAUUUACAUUUUGACUCAUGAUUGACAGGCAGUGUGCAUUGGUGUCUAGCGGAAGGUAUCUUUAAAUGCCCUGACUUGUAGCAGUUUAAACAUUUAGAAUGUGGCGAUCUUAAAGUAUCACUGGCAUUUUAUGUCCAGCUCACACCCUAAAGCAUUAGAAAUUACCAUGGAAAAGUGAAAGACUUUUAAAAACAUACAUCAAAUAUGCUUGCACCAGAGAAGCUUUUUUAAAAAACACACUAUCAUAGCCAGGUGCUAAUUUAAUUUUACUUACGAAAUUAAGAGAGGUGAUGGGUUCCGGCAACCAGUAUUUUCACAAACAUACUCUAAAACCACUAGAGAAUUUGCUACCUCUCAGAGCCAUGGAUGCUUUGAGCUAUCUUUAUAAACAGGGCACAAAUGUUUACUGCUGUGGUUUACAAGAAAAGGGCUACUCACUUAUUUUAAAACCAACCAACCAACUUUUAACUAGGGUAAAUGAAGCACCUUGAGUGCUUUGUAAAAUUGGAGCAUACAGAGAUUUUGAGCUUCAAGUAUUUGCUAGUUUUAAAAAGAAUACACCUUUUCUUUACCUUGUAGCAGCAAUGAGAAGUCCCAAGUCACACAAAGUUUGCAUCGAGUAAGGCCAACUGCCACUUGGGUAGCCUAUGGUCACGUUCGGUAGUGAGAAUGACUCGGAACUCACAGAUUAACACGAAGGAAGCAGCAUUCAUUUCAAACCCAUGUUCAUAAUUACAGCUCCGUGCCCUGAGGCCGAAUUACGAUUUGGAUUAAGAAAUAGAUUUCUAGUACGAUUCAAGAUCAUCCUACAAUAAUUUCUUUGGAAACUGAUAAAGCCCAGGAUAUUUUAAAGAGAAAUAAGAGAAGGCCUAUUUAUCUUGUCUAAGUGAACGGUAUUUGUAUAUUCAUAAGCUAUUUUUGGUAAGAAUUUUAAAUCUUUUAGCUCAACGCCUACAGGGCAUCAUGACCUUUGCCUUCCUUAAAAAAUGCAGUUUAAAUUGUAUAAACACUUUAUAAAAAGCUAAUUAUUGAUGUUAGAACAUGACUCCCCCAAUGCUGCUUGACCCCUUAAACCGACAUUCAUGAGCAUAACCUUUGUUACAUUGUUCUUUUUGAUGUAAUUUGUAGAAAUGUUUUUUAGUUCAUAAUGGAAAAUGUAUGUACCCUGAAAAAUUACUUAUUUUGUUUAACUUUGGUAUAAAGGUGUUGGGCAUUUUCUUGGGGGGGGAGGGAUUACAAAAGAAGUUUGUCUCCCACAUCAAAAAACGUUCAAAGAAAUUAAGUAUUUAUUAUAUUUUUUGCAGAUGUUUCCAUACAAUUCACAUAACCUUUUUGUAAAGAGAGAUGAAGAAAUGGAUUAAAGAUUUUUAAUAUUUGAAAUGGUAAAUAGAACUAAUUUAUUUGUAAUAUAUUUCUGUUAUUUAUAGAUGUUUCCUUAAUGUUUGUGCAUCACCACUUUAAUUUAAGCCUUAUCCUUGUGAAUUUACCAUUUCUUUUUUAAAACAUGUCUAGAUGCAUAUUUUAAAUAACUGGAAUGUAAAUCACUAGCAUAUCUGAAUUCCCAAAUGUAAUUUUUAAAAAUUAUUUUGGUUCGGAAAAAAAAAGAUUCAUUUGAAAGCCUUCAGAUGGAGGGGUGGGGAACAUUUUUAUGGCUUUAUGAAUUGGAAUUUCAUAGGCUUAUUUACCUAGAUCGUGUGUGGACAAAAAAACGUUGUAAAUAGAUGAAUGUUUCCCAUAAUGUAAAAAGAAGAAAUUAAUAAAAUAAUUAAUGCACUGCU